UUGGUUUUUCGUAUCUCGUAUUUGUUAAUGUGAUCCGACUCUACGCUAAAAUAUUGCGUUAAGCUUUAAAAUUUAGUUCAAAUUGUCAACAUGAGGAGCACACAUCUAGCUAUUCUUUUAUUUACACUCAAACUGGGUUUGGUCGUGGGAUCUUUUAAAUUCCAGAACUUGGAAUGUACCGUUCAUAUUCCUCGAAUCGCAAGUGUUGAGGAGUGUCGCAUUCGAGCGAUUAAUCGCACUCAAAAUUUGCUAAAUCUUAGGUUACAUUUGAAAGAAACUAUAUCAAAUCUGCAAGUGAACUUCAAAAUUUUAAAACGUGAACGCGGCGGUUGGCAUCCAUUUCUAUACUCCAUGAAAGUGGAUCUGUGUAAAUUCUUUGAGAGUCCCAAUCGACAUCCGCUGCCCGCAAUAAUGUUUCAUUAUGUGAAAGAUUUUACAAAUGUCAAUCACAGCUGUCCAUUUUUGGCCAAUACGUACAUGGAACUGGGCGCAUUUUAACUGGAUGAACUGAGCAUUAUGAAACGAUUCCCCGUCGAGGCUGGGCAAUAUGCAAUACACACAUCGUGGUACUCGAAAAAUCUAUUGAUCUUUCAUAUAAAUGGCUCCGCAAAUUAUAUCAAAUAGAUUCCAUGGAUCGCUCGAUAUACUCGAGACCAGUUUAAUAAUUCAAAUGGAAAUAAAUAAAUAAAUAAAUUGUUGCUUAAAAUAUUCAUUUUGUAUACCGAUUGUAUAUGUAA